CCCCCGGAAGAUAAGAUUCCUUUUUCACAGAUCCGGUCACAGUAUUAUUUUGAUCCCAUACCUGGUAGCGUACUUUACGUGCCCGCAGGCGUAAUACACUGUUAAAGAUGUUGCAUUGAAAUUCUGUGUCGGAGUCUAUACAACGCCCAAAAACCCCCGAGUAAUAUGAAUGCGGAAUGGAAUCUAUUCUCACGGAGUGACUUACACUAUUGCAAAGCGGAAUCAACUCUUUUUGCGGAGUAGCAUGCGCUUUUUUGGUGCUAGUUUUGUAUUCAUAUCAAUCGGAAAUUUUAGGCGCUUAAGAGAUUUCGGCACUGAAUUUCACUCUUUGAUUUUCAACAGUGUAUUUCUAAACGCAUCAACUCUUUUCUAGUUUUCAAAGUUAUCCUGGUUUGGAAUUCAAUGCUCCCUGGCGCAAACCUGGAAUCGAAACAUAGCUUUCGGACCUUAAGCAACAGCGAAAAAUGCGAAAUUCCGCGGUCAUGGUUUCGUCUGGGUUCGAACCUAGGGGUGCCCAAACUGGUGGCGGGCACAGCUUACAUGUUCUCACUAGCGCCGCGCUACGGGCAGAACACUGGACCUUGGCACGCUUUCUUCGCCCUAACCUCUGACACCUAUUUCAACAUCAAACCAACCAGCCUCUAUUGGUGCACCGUCACCCCCCAGAUACUCAGCACCGAUACCUUGAAGGGAGUCCCUUUCAAAAAGAUAGAUCCCGAGGUGGGCCGCUCGACACUCAAACCAGAGUCCGCUAUUAUACUAGCGAGACGGAUGGUUGGCAGGGUGCUGUUGUACCGUUCGUCUCGUUGCAACUGCCGGCACUACACAGACUACCUGCUCUACGGACAGACGUACGGAUUUCUUUGGGAUCCCACUUACAACAGCAUGAUGAGUCAGGACUGCCCGUUGCAUCGCAUCGUCACCAACGCCGAUGACGUCAAUGCGCCAGAAUUCACAUUAAUGGACGGGUCCUUUAACCCCAUCCAGCUAGGACCCCCUGUUCCGACGACCCCCUCUAGGAGCCUAAAACCGAAAAGCCCUAGAGGCUCACCGAAAAAGUUGACGGAUUCAACAGGGCAAACGAGUAAAUUAUCUGGUCGUAGGUUUUCAUGGCAAGUGCCAAGGUUGAGCCUUGCGCGGCUUUCUUUCCCUUGGAGAGUAAGUCUCUAAUCCAAUAAUUAAACAAAUUACACAGCGG